UUGACGUAGAUAUCAUCUAUAAAUACACCUCCCUCCUUUAUCUUCUCAUUUCAAAUACAAACUAAAAGAAAAUUAAAAAAUGAAACCGUGCGUUUCUAUAAUUGUCCUGUUGUCCUUAGCCUUCUUAGUAGGAGCCUUUGGAGAUGUUGGAAGCAUUAUUACGGGGUCCCUUUUUGAGGAAAUGCUUAAGCACCGGAAUGAUGGACAGUGCCCCAGUAACGGGUUCUAUACCUACAAGGCUUUCCUCGCUGCGGCAAGCUCUUUCUCUGGCUUUGGCACUACCGGUGAUGAUGCCACUCAAAAAAAGGAGCUCGCGGCUUUCUUUGGCCAAACCUCGCAUGAAACCAAUGGAGGAUGGCUAAGUGCACCAGAUGGUCCAUAUGCAUGGGGUUAUUGCUUUGUGACAGAAAUCGGUAAUAAUGAUCUUUAUCGUGGCCGAGGACCUAUCCAACUGACUCAUGACUACAAUUAUCAGCAAGCUGGUCAAGCAAUUGGGGUUGACUUGAUAAACAACCCAGACUUAGUUGCCACAGAUGUUAUUAUAUCAUUCAAGACAGCCAUAUGGUUCUGGAUGACCCCGCAGGAUAAUAAGCCGUCAAGCCACGACGUCAUCAUUGGGAACUGGACACCUUCCGAUGCUGAUCGUUCGGCGAAUCGAGUCCCGGGCUACGGUGUGAUCACCAACAUAAUCAAUGGUGGCGUCGAAUGUGGACAAGGUCAAAAGGACACGGUUGAGAACAGAAUUGGAUUCUACAAGAAAUACUGUGACAUCUUGGGAGUCAACUACGGAGACAAUUUGGAUUGCUACAAUCAACGUCCUUUUAAUCAGUAGCUUGUUCGUAUUAUGAAGGAGUCCCUAAUAAUUUAAAUAAGAGAUAGAGAGGAUAAAGGAAUAUGUCGUACUACCAUGCUUUAUUAUCCUUAUCUUUCUAAUAAUGUUUUGCUUAUUAAAAAAAAAAAAAAAAAGAUUCUAUGUAAUACUCUCACCUUUGAUGUCGAAAGUUCUUACGUAAUGUGUGAAAUAAAAACGGUGCAUAGAGAAAAGAAA